CUUGACAAUGAUAUAUAUCUGACCCCUUUAUGACUCCAUCGAAUACAUGAUGUAACGUAUGAUGGUAAUUUCAAUUAAAAUAGUUCAUUUAACCCAAACAUUGUAAUUAUAUGUGUACCAUUAAAAAAAUGUAAAAAUUCUAUGACUGAGAACCAGUUUUGUUUUUAAAAAUGCCCAUUCGACACAAGGUCCAUGUUUCAUUGGUAUAAAUACCGGGGUGCAAUAUGAGUUGAAGUGUGUAUUAAUCUAACUAUUGUACAGUUCACAACAUCACAAAACAACUUCAAUAUGAAAACCAUUGUUGCUAUUGUAGUUUUCGCAAGCUUCUUAGCUGUAUCUUACGCGGGUGUAAUAGGAGCACCAAUUGCCACCAGUAUUGUGGGAGCUCCAAUCGGAAUUGGAGCACCACUCGGAAUUGGAGCACCAAUCGGAAUUGGAGCACCAAUUGGACUUGGAGCACCCAUUGGUCUAGGUGGUUCACUUUUAACCAAAUCCGUUUUGGCCGCCCCAGCUAUUUCCACCGUAGGAAUCGGCGCUCCACUGGGUUUGGGUCUUGGAGGAUUGGGGCUUGGAAAGUCAAUCAUUGCCAGCCCCGGGCUCGCAGUAGCUUCUCCAUGGGGUUAAAUUUGAUUUAUUUUAUAUAUAUAUAACUUAUUUAUUCAGGUGUAUCCAAUUAAAUAAAUGAGAUGAGCAGUAUAA